GGAAAUCUUCCAAAAUUUUAAUUGUUGCAAAACAAACUCGGUGCGAAACAAAUUUUUGACAGAAAGAAAAAGAACAGAAUGAGCAAUGAGCAUUGAGCAAGGAGGGAGACAGUUGACUUGAGAGCUUGGAACUCAAAAAGAUCUGAUGUGACAGCAUAUUUGAAGAAUUCUUUGUUUCACUAAAAACAAAAGCCAUUGUGGUUAUAGUAUAGUGCAAACUCCCAGUGACUUACACGUGCAUCAAGAUGUCUGCACCAGGAGCUGCCAUGACUCAUACUAGUGCCGAGGCUACUUCAAACAGUUACAUGGGGAAAAUGUGGAGAUACCGGAACAUUUCCUACAAGCUCGGCAUCAUUGGCUUGGUGGUGUCUACAGGGUUCUUUUUCUUAGGUUUUGUCUCGCAAAGAUGGCUUGAGGCUCGCAUUUAUCACGACUCUGACCUUUCGCUAACUGAUGUGAUGUUGGGCAGCCAUGAAGAUUGGGGAUACGGUGUAUCAGACAGCUACGAAACUAUUUCUUGGGGAUUUUUUAGUGGAAGCUUUGGCAAUGAUAUUUGUGACUCUGGCUGUUCUGUAGGUCUUACAGUGACUCGAGUACUUGUUUGCAUCUGCUUCCUGUCUCACAUCUUGGGCUAUGUUGUGGCCGCUGUUGAGAAUUUCCGGGUGGUUGAUGUCAGGACAUACCACACUCACAGGCUGGAGCUGGCUGUCCUCAUUACUGGGCUCCUGGCUGGUGGCAGUAUGGUAUCCUUCAUGUACCUGUUCGUCCCUCAGCUGGACCACCUGGUACGCUUGAAGUACGGCUGGUCCACCACAGUCAUGUGGCUCUCAGGCACCAUCCUGUUCAUCUCCUGUGUCUUCAUCGUCUGUGGCAAUCGGAAGCCAACGGUGGGUGUGGUGGUCACUCAAGCCGGGGCUGUCCACAUGGCUCACUACACCACGACUCCCUCCCAAGUGACUGUCUUCCAGAGUGGACCGGCCCCUCAGCCACAGUACCCGCCCAUGUCCCAGCCACAGUACCAGCCAGUCUCCCAGCCACAGGGGCCCAAGUUUCAGCCACAGUACCCACCUGCCCAAGCACCGUACCCAGCCCCAGCGAGCCAGCCUCUGUUGCCGGCGCACACUGCUCAGUACCCUCUGCCAAACCAGCCAAUGGGUGCCCCUCCGGCAUACUCCCCUGCUCCAGCCUAUCCCAUCGGACCAACCUCGCCCCCGGUCAUGAUGGGCUAUCAGCCGGUACCCCAGGCGGAAGGCUAUGCCCAAGCCAGUGCCCCGCCCCCAGAACCAGCUGACACACUCCCGGAGAAGCGAAGGUUAUAGAUCUAUAUAUAUGGCUUUGUUUUUGUUGUUUUUCAGUAAACUUUACAUGUCUAUUUGGUCAAUUUUAAGUCUUUUUUUAAGCACUGAAUUUUGUCGGUGUAUUGGAGGGGGGGCUUCAGUGAAUUUUUGUUGGUCACACUUUUGGUAUCUUUUGUCAAAAUUGUUUUUUUUUUUUUUUUUUUGGGGGGGGGGGGGGGGGGGGGGAGGUGAGGCUGAGUUUUUACCACAAAUAUUUCCUGUUCACUCAGUCAGUUACACUAUUUUUAUUAUAUUUCUGUGCAUCAGUGCAGGUUCACAGGUUUUUAUCUACAGUGAAUUUUUCAUAACUAGUCUACAAUUGUAGCCUCUGACUAAUGCUAUAUAGAUGUACUGCCUGCUCCUUAUUUCUAGGAUUUGCUGUGCAAGGGUUUUGGUGAUAUAACAUAAAAUCUGUUUUAAAAAGAACAACACUUUAUGUUGGGUGACGUUGUUGGAGCAUUGAUGGCUUUUUAGAAAAGAAAGAAAUUUAGAGAAGUGGGAAAUUGGAUUAAAGAGUACUUGAUCUGGUGCAGUUUGUAGUCCCUAUCACGGACCAAAAACAGAUGUGUAUGUUUGCUGCAGGUACAAUCAUGCCUCAUGUUGGCAGCUCCUACAGAAUACCACAGUUUUCAGGAAGUUUCUGUCAGCGUCUUUGUACAAAAAAAUUGGAUCUUCCGAGUGAUGUAGACUGAGAGAGAAUCUCAGAGUGCACACUUAGCUCAAAUAAUGUCAUGUUGAACUAUGAUCCUGAUGACCUUGGUUUGAAUCUCUAAUGGGGCUUUCUAGAAGUUGGAUUUUUUUUGUAGUGUAUAAGGCUGCUCUGCCUCUUAGGUUUGUUAUAUCAUGUUUAAGUUUAAUUCCAAUGGAGUCUUUACACACAUUUGAUUAAAAUCACCUGUCGGCUAUUUAAAAAAUUAAUGAUCUAAUAUUUUAUUUAUGAUAUUCUAAGUAUAUAUCUUUCAUUUUGAGAAUAGCUCAAAUGCAAAACCCUGUGCAAUACUCUGCCCAGCUUGACAUAGUUUUAUUUGGUUGUUGUUGCCAGCUUUUUUUGUGUCAUGAUAUUACAUUUUUACCUUUUCUAGUAUUAUAUACCGAUGUAUCAGGUAAGUUCAGUGUGCAGCUUGGUGCAAAGGUGAUACAGUGGAGAUAGCUUAAACUGAAAACAAACCAAAAA